UCUGGCAAUGCUGUUGGAAGUCUAGUAACAAGAAGAACGUGGUUGAAAAUUGGUUCUUUCCUAAAGUUAAAAAGUUUGUUUAAUAAAAUUAGUUGUGAUUUCAAGUAGACACUACUGUCUGAAGAAAAUCAGAAUGGCUAACGACACCGUCAAUCUGACUGAAAUGUCAGAUGUCAGUGCUAUUUUGAGGUUAUUUGAGGAACACCACAUAGCACCCACAUUUGAUCCUGUUCCAUACCUGUCCAGACUGGCUGACCUUUUGGAGAUAGAAACAGAAAACUACCUGAAAAUGGAUCCAGAUCCUUUUGAUGACCGUAACCCUUCUAGAAAUCCGAAUUGCAGUUUUGGACACAUGCUGAAAGUCAUAUUCAAGAAGGAAGUUUUUAUGCAAAAAUUAGUUGGAGACUAUUUACGUGACACUUACUGGACAAGGUUAGGCAUUUCAACCAGAGACUCCCGUGAACUAAAUACUGCUGCAGCGCGUCUUGUGCUAGAUUUAAUGCCAGGAUUAGAAGUGUCUGUUGUGUUCCAAGACACUGAAGGGCUGAUCAACAGACUUUUCAGUUGGGCAGAAAAGGGUCCUGAACCACUUCAAAGCUAUGCUACAGGAUUAUUAGCUGCUGCCAUGGAGUUACAAGACUUGGCAGCAAAUUUUCGCGAGUUAAAUGCUCAUUUAGCACCACUUAUGUUGAAAAGGUUGUGGGAAAUCCAAACAAAAUGUCUCGAAGAGAGGAAAAAAGAUGAUCUUCCAAACGUGAAAAGGUGUUCGAAAUUCUUGUGCGACCAACCAAGUACCUCGAGCAAAAUUAUUAAAAGUACAGGCACGAAAGGCAAAGCAACUUCUAGUUCAAAAAUCCUGAAGGACGAAGAUGCUGAACUCAUGCCUGGGCCAGCCACUGAUGAUUUGGCCAGUGAUAAAGGGAAACUACAAAAGAGUAAUAAAGGAAAGAAAUUUCAGGGAAGGAUAAAAGCAGCCAAAGAGAGAAAGAAUGGAAAUGCCUCUUUAAAUGGAUCUGCAUUGAAUGACUCUAGUAACUCUUCGUGGGCUGAAAUGGAAUCGUAUGUCAUAGGAACAUACCAAAUGCAUCCAUUGACAGAUUCAACUCGGCAAAUUUUGAUUUUGCGGUAUUUAACACCCAUGGGCGAAUAUCAAGAGUUACUAGUCCACAUGUUCGAGCAAAACGCCCUCAAGCUAAUUCUCAACUAUAUCAACUUUAGCGCGACGCGAGAUUCACGUUUGUCGUUCGAAGCCCUGAAAUAUCUCGGAGCUUUGCUCUGUCACAAAAAAUUUGCCAUUGAAUUUAUUCAUCAUCAAGGACUACAUCGCUUGCUUGAAAUUCCACGGCCAAGUAUUGCCGCCACAGGAGUAGCCAUGUGCCUCUACUACAUUGCGUAUUGUGAGGAUGCCAUGGAAAGAGUGUGUCUCUUACCAGAUCACGUUAUUCAAGAUCUUGUCCGUUACGCCCUUUGGCUCCUAGAGUGUUCUCACGAAUCAGGACGAUGUCAUGCCACCAUGUUUUUUGGAACAUCGUUUCAGUUUCGCAUCAUUCUGGAGCAGUUUGAUGCCCAAGACGGACUUCGCCGGCUGUACAACAUGAUAAGCACGUUGUCUAUACUUUCAAUGGAAGAUGCCAACGAUUUGUUGGAUGACGAUGAAUCUCACGCCGCUCGCCAAACCGUCCGGCACGUGUGUUCAGCAUUGAAGCGAUACUUCGAAAUCCAUCUUGCUCUAAAAGUUGAACACCUUCAACGCAUCAGGGUUCGUGAAAUGGGGGGCUCUCCCCAUCCGUCGACGCCGCCAUACAAAGCAAUUAAACUGAACCCGGAUCAAAUUAUUGACUUGAUAACAACGGCGCAAGAACUGCUUCCGUUUCGUGCUAGUUGGUCGCCCGUUAAUGAAUUUGUUAGCCUUGGUGGUAUCCCUCUGCUUCUACAAGUUAUCGCCAUAUCUUAUCUAUGGAAUUUCACGGGCCGGGCAGAAACUGUUCGUAGCGCAUUGGACGUUUUAGCGGUUUGUUCAGUCUCGUUCAGAGUUCAGAUGCUAUUUUGUGAGCAUAUUCAAAUACCUGAUGACGCCAACGCUGUAGGCAUUAAUAUUCUGCUUGGGGCAGCCGAAGGAGAUAUAGUGGCUGAUCCAGAAGUCCAGCGCGCCGCCCUUUGCGUGCUUAUUCAUUGCGUCUGCGCACCUGUUCAUCGGGUUGGGGGUUCUGUUGGCAGAUUCAAUGGUAGCGCUAAAAGGCGCAGUGUGGCUAGCCGAACGAGCGAGGAAGUUCUCAACCAAGUUUGGGAAUGUGUACGAUCCCAUAACGGAAUUAUGGUGUUAAUGGAUCUUUUGUCUGUUAAAACACCCAUAACGGAUGCCGAUUCUAUCCGCGCGCUAGCAUGUAAGGCCUUACUAGGUCUCGCGCGUAGUGAAAAUGCCCGACAGAUCAUGGGUAAACUACCUUUAUUCACCAGCGGCCAGUUACAGGUUCUUAUGAGGGAACCAGUGUUGCAAGAUAAACGUCAGGAGCACGUAAAGUUUCAAAAGUAUGGACUUGAAUUAUUGGAACAAGUUUCCGGUCGAAUCAAGUCCAAUGUUAACGAGUUUGAAUUGUCCUUAGCGAAGAUACACAAGGCGGACGUGGUGGCUCAAACGCGAAUCCAAUUUAAUGAAAAGCAGUUGCUUCAACUAAUCCAUCAGCAUCUACUAAGCAAAAAUAUGGUUGAAUCGGCCUCGAUAUUAAUAAAGGAAGCUGGACUCCCUCCCCUUCCCAUAAAACAAGCCAGUUCUAACUUUCCACCCUACCGCGCUACAGGAAGCACCCCAGCUACACCUAGUAGAUCAGGUCGUGUUAAUUCGCAAGGGGCUGUGACUCUCCCAACAACUCCUGUUGCAGUUCCAUCGACUUCAACCCCUACCCAACAAGCCGGAAUGAUUAAAGUGAAUUUGGCCAGCAGUCGACGGUUGCGGCCAGGAAUGCCAUCUCCUAGCACACAGCAAGGUAGCAGUACGCAGCACAGAGCUCUACAAAAGGUCACAAACUGGGAUUCUCCUACAACGAUGAAUAAAUCGAUUAGUGGAGCCAAUGGUGGAAAUGCUGAAACUUCUCGUGGCGUUUCGUUAGAUGCCAUUGUCACCGAGUACUUGAUGAAUCAACAUGCCCUCUGCAAGACGCCUAUGGUGACGUGUCCACAAUUCGACCUCUUUCAACCACAUAAAUGUCCAGAUGCCAAAUCAAAGAACACAGCACCAACAAAUUUCGCAGUUAGAGUUCAAAAACGAGCAAUUCACCCUCGAUUUGGUGGAUUAGACGGAGCAAGAAUGGAUCGCAAACUGGUUUACUCCCGAUUCCGACCUGUUCGGACCUUCCGCAACGACUCCGAGACGUUUACUUGUUGCGCGUUUUCUCCUUGUGAGCAAUUCCUUAUGAUUGGAAACCAAACAGGCGAGUUGAAGCUGUACAACGUCAACACAGCAGCUGAAGAGGCAACAUAUCAAUGCCAUGAAAACUACCUUUUCAACAUUGAGCCAAACUGGACGGGCGAUCUUUUGCUGACGUCGGGAAUGUACCGCCCGCCUUUCUCUUGUUUGUGGGCUGUCGGUGAUUUUUUCGACAUGAAGUACUCCUUCGAAGAAGAAGAGUACGUCGAAUUCAGCAAAACUGUACAAGACAAAAUUGUUGGUACAAAAGGUGAAACCGCCACUGUGUAUGAUGUAGCUACUGGUAAAAAGCUGUUAAGCCUGACGCCAACAACAUCCAACAAUUAUUCGAAGAACCGUGCCACUUUCCAUCCCAGCGACGAGUUGAUUCUUUCCGAUGGUGUUCUAUGGGACGCUGUGUCAGGAACACAGAUUCACAAAUUUGAUAAGCUGAAUCAAUCGCUGAGUGGAACUUUCCACCCGAACGGCUUGGAAAUUAUCUCAAGCUCCGAGGUUUGGGAUAUUAGGACCUUCCAUUUGCUGCGAACAGUACCAGCACUUGACCAAUGCCAAGUCACAUUUUCAGCCUCUGGUGACGUGAUCUACGCCGUCCAUUUAGAAGAGGAAAGUAGAGAAGAACCCAUGUACGAUUCAUCCUUCAAGACGUUAGACGCCGGGGACUACUCGUCUAUCGCCACGAUCGAUGUCAAACGAUGCAUCUAUGGGUUGUGUUCCAACAAAUAUGACACUCAGAUAGCUGUGGUGGAGAAUUCAAGAGAGUUCAAUACCCCCAGCGAGUCUAUAGUGCGACUCUAUGAUGUGGGUAGGCUACGGGAUGACGAGGACGUUGGAUCCGAAGUGGAGGAUGAAGAAGGAGAUGACGAUGGAGGUGCAUCAGAGAAUUCCGAUGAAGAUUUGGAAAUGUUAGAUGAAUUGGUCAACGGCGGUGGUGAUGAAGAUGGCAUCGAUGUGGAAAUUGGUUCUAGCGAUUCCUCCGACGGUGAACAGUUUGAUGACGGUGAUUCUGAUGAUGACGACGAUGACACCAAUUCAUAUUUUGGUUCUUCGGAUGACUCUGAGUUCGACGAGGAGCUGUUUUCAUUGAACGCUGACAGUAACAGCAGUGGCAGUAGUUCAACGUGAACAAAAGUCAGUUACGGAUUAAGGCUGAAUCACAAUUCUUUGUUCUAGUUCUAAUAAUCACAAUAGGUAUGGUGACUCAGUAAAGGUCUAUUUAGUGCCACC